AUGGUUGACCAGCAGGCCCAAGCCGCAUCAGUGAGAAAUUUGGAGUGCCAAAUGGGACAACUUGCCAGUGCCCAAAAUACUCGACCAGUUGGAGCUCUUCCAAGUGACACUGAGGCUAAUCUUAAGGCAUCUAUUAAUUCUAUUUUAUUACAGAAUGAGUCUGAAAAGCCAGAUGAAGAGGCGGUGGCUAAGCAACCCCCACCAUUAGUUGCGAGACCACCACCUUCGUUCCCUCAAAGAUUGCAGAAAGUGAAGGAUAAUGCCGCGUAUAAACAAUUUCUUGAUAUUUUGAAGCAAGUGCAAAUAAAUAUUCCACUGGUAGACAUCCCGCAAGAAGUGCCCAAAUAUGCAAAAGACAUCAAGGACAUAGUGGAAAAUAAAAGGAAGCUAACUGAAUUCGAGACUGUGGCACUCACUAAGGAAUGUAGCUCUAGAAUCCAAAGCAAGCUACCUCAGAAAUUGGAGGAUCCAGGUAUUUUCACUAUCCAAAUCUCGAUUGGUAAGCAUACAGUCGGGCAAGCUUUGUGUGAUCUUGGAGUGAGCAUCAAUCUGAUGCCGUUAUCUAUGUUCAGACAGUUGGGUUUGGGUGAGCCGCACCCAACAACGGUAAUCUUACAGUUGGCUGAUCGCUCCCUUGCUCAUACGGAAGGAGUGAUUGAAGAUGUGUUAGUUCAAGUUGGGUCUUUUAUUUUCCCUGCUGAUUUCAUUAUCUUGGACUACGAGCCUGAUCAGGAAGUCCCAUUUAUUUUGGGGCAUCCAUUAUUAUCCACAGGCCGAGCUAUUAUUGAUGUAUGCGAAUGA